AUGACAACUAACAAGCGUUCUUUCACCGCACUCGCAUUUUUUGGGCUUUGGUGCGCGGUCGGUUUGGGGCCCAGAUUCUGCGAAGGCAUAACACCUCUCGUGACGUUCGGGCCGGAGACCGCCCGAGCCGAUCUUCUCAACAAGGUUUCGGAGAGAGUCUUUUCUCUGGUUGAGACGGGAGAUGAUGGUGGAAGCCCUACGGCGAUCGUGAAGACUGUCUUCACGAACGCUCUCAAAUCCAUACUUUCGGCGGUGAAGGGGGAGGUUCACGAGGCUUGCAAUGAGCUUGUGGAAAUUGCUACACAGAAGAUUCAAGAGGCGGAACAGCGCGGAGAGCUCUCGGGAGAGGGCGAGAGUACGGAUUCCGAUUUAGAUGAUUUAGAUUUCAGCUUUAUGGAUUCGCCGAAGAAGACAGAGUCGUCAAUUAGGCCACAUGGGUUUCUGCAAGAGACGAAGUUCAUGGAUACGCUUAAAACGUUUGCCACAGGGGCGCUCAAAACUUUGGCGGAACCUAUGAAGGAAGCCAUGGUACAAGGCAUCAAACCUAUCCUUCCCAAAAUCAAAGACGCUGCGAUCCACGUCUUUAGGGAGGCAUGUCAAGAUGCCGAGCAGAAACUCGAGGAAGCAUAG